UUUUGAGUUGUGUCAGAAGGGAAUUAGGUCUGGAAAUCAAAAACAUUUUCAAUUAAUUUAAAAUGAAGCACUUUGUCGAGGAUCAAGCCAAACUGUUGCCCAGUUCCAUAAAGGAUCUGCAAGCGACGCGGCAUAUCCAUAUUCCAGUGGGUCCAUUUCUGGCGCUGGGUCUUUUGCAGGUGCCACUGUGUAUGGCAUAUAACCUGGUAAUGGCCAUCACAACCGAUUUUGAGGCAACCACAUAUACAUCCUGUAAUGUCUUCAACUUCAUUCCAUCCACAUCGGCUGCUGCCAAGUCGCAGCACAUAAUUUGGGCUUUGGCCUGCUGGCUGGAGUUUCCAUUCCUCAUUGCCAGUGCCUGGUUGCAGUUUCGCUUUAUCCGAAGAAAUUUGCCCAAGCCGGUCCGGAGUUUCGGUUGCCUUGUGGCUAUUUUUUUGGUGAUUAAUAGUUUGAGUUUGCUGCUGUGGGGCACCUUUGCUCAAGUGGAUGGUGACUCAUUGCUGCACAUAGCAAACGCGUUAUCCGUUUUUAUGUCGGGCGCCAUCUACAUGGCUGGAUCCUUCGUGUGCGCCAAGUACUACAUGCACGAUAAAAAUAGGCAACUGCACGAGGAGCUAUCCUUCCGAUUGAAGAGCGGCCUCGUUUUCACCUACUACGUAUCUGUGGUGAUCACGUGGUUCUUUUAUUUUGUCCACCACGAAUUUUGCCUUCCCUUGGAAUCUGCCACAGCCUAUUCCAUUUUCGGCUUGGGUGAGUUCAUCUCCUGCGAGUGCUUCUGUAUUUACCUGUGCCUGGCCUACUUUGACUUCUACCACGUCUACAUAUGCUAUGAUCAGCGAUUGGGUUUCUUUCUCAGCGAGAUCUAA